UACUCGUGGAUCGCGCGGGAUGAAUGAAUCCGAGCCAACCUGGAUGGUAUAGUAGCGCGUCUUUUACUAGUCGCGCAGUUCGUACAACUCAAAGGGCUUGUGUUCAUCGUACUUUGGCUCGUGAUUGUAUAUCACUUAUCCUUAUUCUUUUAAAUUCAUACAAUGGAGGAGCUAAACAAGGAUCAGAUCGCAAUUCUCCGUAAAGCUUUUGAGGCUUUCGAUCAUGAGAAGAAGGGUUGCAUCGGCACAGUGAUGGUCGGCACGAUACUUCAGAUGCUGGGACACACCAUCACAGAUGACAUCCUCAAAGAAAUCAUCGAUGAAGUGGAUGCUGAUGGUUCCGGAGAGUUGGAGUUUGAGGAGUUCGUGACCUUAGCAUCUAGAUUCAUGGUUGAGGAGGACGCUGAGGCGAUGCAGGCUGAACUUAAGGAAGCAUUCCGUUUAUAUGAUAAGGAAGGUAAUGGUUACAUCACAACCAGUGUUCUUAGAGAGAUCCUCAGAGAGCUAGACGACAAAAUCAGCGCAGAGGAGCUGGACAUGAUGAUUGAGGAAAUUGACUCCGACGGCUCCGGAACAGUUGACUUUGAUGAAUUUAUGGAGGUCAUGACGGGAGGAGACGACUGAAAAUUAAAACUACAUUACACUUUAUAUUCUAAGAUUACUUUUAGGUGCAUACUUAUGCGAUUUUGGUUUAUUAUUGAAAACUAUGUGAUAUAUAUUACUUUUUUGUUACUAAAACUAACAACAUUUUAUUUAAUUUUUCGCCAAAAACUUACUCUUUGUUUGUGAAUUGUUUUAUCAAUGAUUUUCAUAUUUCUUUGAGAUUUGUUUUGUUUAAUAAGUUUCUGUUAAUUAGUAUUUAAAUAAAGAAGAAAUUCUUUAUGGCAAACCAAAGUUUGUAAAUAACAUACUAUAAUGUUUUAUUUGUGUUCUAAUUGUUUCUAUAAUAAUUUACGAAACAUAAUAGCAUAAGUAUACGUCGAUAAUAAAAAUAUAAAAAAAAAUACUAAGUAUUCACUUAAGUACCUCAUUUUCAAUGUGAAAAAUAUUAUUUAAAUAAAUAAAAUACAGUACCAAGAAAAUUAUAAAAUU